AUGUCCAAAUCAGAAAUAGCGUAUAAAACAGUACAAGAUAAAGAUAACAAUUCUUUAGAUUUUAAAGCAACGAUUCCAUGGUUAAAAGAAUUAACAGAGGAGAAUUUACCCGACCACAUUAUUUUUCCGAAGGAAUUAAAUUUAUUUUUGAGGAAUCAGAUUCAGGAUUUAAUUGCUGAAAAUGGUUGUUUGCGUCGAGCGCUUGAAGAGGCAGAAGAAAAAAUUCAUAGAAGACAAGGAGUGUCAGAAACGGUACAAUCAAUGAUUUUAGGAAAACCUAAUGAGUUAGCAACUGGAAAGAUUAUUGAACUUAGUAAGAGGUGUAGAGAACAGACAGCUGAGAUCGAAGUUCUUAAGUCUAAGUGUAGAAACCUCGAAAUCCAUUUAACUGCCAGAGAAACAGAAUUGAAGAAUGAACGAUAUGAAAGGAGACGUUUAAAAAAUGACUCCUCUCAAGAGAGUACCAAGAAUAAUCAGUUGAAGGAUGACGAGGAUCGAAACAAACAACUACUCGAAAAAGUACAGCAAACUCAAACAAAAUUGUAUGAAUCUAGAAAUACUUGUGUUAGUCUUAAGAUGGAGAUUAAUAAAUUACAUAAGUUAUUAUACAGUGAAAUUGGUGAAAACGUGAAUUUGAAUAAUUUGUCAAAUCAAUCUGGAUGGCGUGGGAGAGCAGAGCAGAUUCACCUAUUACAACAAAAAAUAACGGAUUUGCAAUCAAGACUGUCGGAAUACGAAGGAACGCAAAAGUCGUCUACCGAACAAAAAAAUGUUACGAAUCUUCGAAAUGUCGAAAAAGAGAGGCGACGACAAAUUGAAGAUUCAGCGAAACAACUUCGACAAACGGAAGUUGCUGUUGAAGGAUACAAGAGGAAGUUAGAGGCUUCGAAAGCGAGAAUAAAAGUAUUGGAACACGAGUUGAAUAUCGCGAAAGGAAAUAUCGCGAUAUUAAAUGAGAAGAGAUCUCAUGAUAAUCAUUUAAUCGAGACACUUAACAAUCGGCUAAAAAUAACCGAAAUAAAACAUGAAGAACGCGAAGUAGAUAUGAGAAAUAGAACAGAGAAGAUCGAACGUGAGUAUACGAAUUUAAAGAACGACUUGCAGUCGGCGCAACUUCAGAUUGAUCGGUUACGUAGAAGAUUAGAGGAACGAGAGAUCGAGAUAGAUAAAUUGAGAAACGGAACAAUUCCGGACAUAUUGGAGAUUAAAUCUCGAAAAAUUACACAACCGGAAGUAUUUUUAAAUAAUUUCAAUGACACUAGUUCUCCUUGUAGUGUUCGAAACAUAUGUGAACCUAACGAGUACGUAACUUUAGCUCUUGCAGCUGAAGCUGAAAGGGAGAGACUGUUGCAGUUAAUAACAGUACUCAACAGGCGGCUAGAUAAAGAAAGAAAUGACGUUGACGCACUCUCUAAUACAUUACGCAAUGAGAAAAACAGAUCAGCAAAAUUAGAAUUAAAGGUACGAAAAUUAGAAACAGAAAGAGCAGGGAUUGUGAAAGUCGAUACCGGAUAUAGAACGAAAUUACCAAAACUAUUGAAAGCUACUGAUAAAUUAAUGAAUAUGGAACAAAUGCGGCUCAAAAUGGAACUACUGCAAGAAGAAUGCCUCGCGCUGAAAGCUAGAUUGGAUGUUGUGCAACAGGAUAAAGCUGCCGAUCUUGCGUCUUAUAAACAGAUUUCCGAACAUGUCAGACAAAUUUUUCAUGAAGUUUGCAGGAGUAAACCACUGCCCCCCAUUGGUACUCGUUCCGUCAUUACAAUUUAA